CAAAGUUAGCAACGGAUUGCACAACUUCUACGCCGGGUGACUAUUAACAAGCUGGAACGGCGGCUGCGGUAGCAGCAGCAGCAACAGAAAGCGCUCAGGGAAACGGCUUAUCCACUGUCCCCGAGUUUGAUGUUCUCCUGCUGCUUUUGGGGCUCACCAUGUCUCCCUUUGGAAGGAAUCUCUUAAAAACCCGCCACAAAAACAGAUCGUCUGUGAAAGAAAUGGGCUCCAGUGAACAAGAAAUCAUAGUCUGGGUUUGCCAGGAAGAGAAGAUUGUCAGUGGACUGACUAAACACACAACUUGCAUGGAAGUAGUUGAAGCUUUGCUGGAAGAACAUCAGACAACAUUGGCAGAGAAGAGAUUUCUCUUUGGGGAAUGUAAAGAUUAUUGCAUUAUAGAAAAAUGGAGAGGUUCUGAGCGGGUUCUUCCACCUCUCACAAAAAUGCUCAGACUCUGGAAAGCCUGGGGGGAAGAGCAACCUAAUUUGUACUUUGUCUUGGUCAAGGCAGAUGCUUUCCUUCCGUUGCCUUUGUGGAGGACAUCUGAAGCCAAGAUAGUUCCAAACCUAGAAAUGCACAUGGAUCUGAGUCCAGCAAAUUAUAUGAAGAUGUUGUCACUGGACAAGCAAAAGAGAAUUCUUAGAAAAACCUUUAAGAAACUGGCAAAAAUUAAACAGGAAGGAGUUCUGCAGGAGAGGGACAAUAUAGAAACACUAAUCCAUCUCAUCCUUUCUCAAGACCAUACUAUUCACCAACAGAUUAAUAGAAUGAAGGAACUAGAUAUGGAAAUUGAAGAGUGUGAAGCCAAAUUCCAUCUAAAUCAGCUUGAAAGUGAUGGAGAAAAUUAUGUCCAAGAGUCUUAUUUAAUGUCUUCUUGUAGCAGCUCUGAACAGCUAAUGGAAAUGCCUUACAACCAUCAGCAGGAAAGUUCAAACAAAUAUGAUGGGAUUUUACAAGUGGAAGAAGGACUAAGGCACCACAAGUUAAUGAUUGAAAAGCUCUCUGCUGAAAUUGAACAAGAGGUUAAGGAAAGUGAAAAAAAUGGAAACAUACAGAGAGAAGAAGCAUCUAAAGGUGAAGUGGAAAACACUGAUCUAGAAAGUGUUACGAAUGAGCUGGAGAGAAGUAUGAAAGAUGCUCUAAGGAUUCAUUCUCAGUUGAAUUGCAUAGAACAAGAACUAAAAUAUUGUGACUUGAUGCUUCAAAGGAAGGAAAAAGAAUAUGAACUACUUGUAGAAGAACUUAGUGGUUUGCAUGCUAAAGAUAAAAAUGUAUUCAGAUAUCCAACUAGUGAAGAGGAAAUGAAGGACAAUGAAACUGGAACCUGUACAAAAAACUUUCCAGGACCAGACCUUCUUCAAAAAAUGACAAAUUUAGAUCUAAAUGAUACAGACUCUGACACUGGGAUCAGUUCUACUCACAGCCAAGACUCAGAGACUGCUAUAGGAGACACAUUGCUUUGUCCACAUAGUUGAAAACAAUUAUUUUAACUGAGGCAAAUGUAAUAUUUGCACCCUUUAAAAAUCACAUAGAAAAUGUGACACUUUUUAAAAUUGAAUCUAGUUCUAAUGGGAUACAUUUCCCUGAUUUUUUUUCAUAGAAAUAAAUCAGGCAAAUCAUAGAGCCAAAUCUUAUAAACAGAAAGGAAUAUACAGUAAAAUUAUAUUCCCUUUUUUCAGAUAAUAUAGCAAAUUCAACUGUUAAUCGAUUGUGUAGAUACAGACUAAUUAACCAGACUUGGGAAAGAUGGACAGAAGUUCUCCUUUGUAUGCAUUAUCAGUCCAUAGAAUUCUAUGGGGAAUAUUGUCUUUUGUUUUUAUAUACUGAUUCACUGCCAAUUCAAUGCAAUGACAAUGUGGAUAUUUUGUGCUGCAAAGUCUAAUCUUUGAAUGUCUAUGAUAUUUGUGGAAAAUGCAUUGCAUUAGAGCUAGCAGUACAACAGAUUUCUUCUGCUGUCUUUUAUUAAAUCAUAAAACAAAGUUUAACAAAAUUGCUAUUCCAGUCAAAGUUCUAGAGUUGCAUAUAAGCAAUGUUUUAUCAAAUUUUCAGUAUAUCAUACAUCACUGUUGCAUAAGGUGCAGAUUUUAAAAAUCAGUUGUUUUCCUAAAUAUAAAUGUAAGAGAAUGAAGUAAAUAAAUUUUACAGUGCCAUAAUAUAAAUAAGAAUCUGAUAACUCUUUAACAAGUGAGAACAAUGCUUAAUGUAUUAUAGAUGAGGCCUACAAAACUAGUAAUCCCAGAUUACAGCAUAUGAAUGCUAUUUACCUUGGACUAAUGUAGCAAUACAGUGAGAAAGGCCAUCAGUAAAAGGCCACUUUCUAAAAUGGACAACGAAAGCAUUAUUUCUAUGUUUAUUUUUUUUUUCUUUUACAUUCUGACUUGAUGUUUCACUUUUUGCAAACAUCAGCUACCCUAUUGUUAUUUUUAAUGACUGGGACAAUUCUCUUCUUUGGUUCCCCCCACCCCCCAACCUCUGGACAUCAUAAAGAGAUUUUCCCUAAAUAUUUUUUGUUAUUUAAAAAAAAAAAGUGGUUGAAUCAUUUGGUAUUGUGCUGAAUACCUUCAUGGGAAUAUUUUUGAGUUCUGUUAACUAUCUUGUUCCUACUGGAAAUAUAGACAAAUAGCAGUUACAUUAUAGUUUUAUAAUAACUUAUUAAUAUUAUAAAUAUAUACAGAUAGCCCUUGACUGACAGCCAUUCAUUUAGUAAUGAAAGUUAAAAUGGCACAGAAAAAAAGUGACUUAUGACUGGUCCUCGCACUUACGAAGCAUCCCCAUAGUCACAUGAUCAAAAUUUAGGCGUUUGGCAACCAACAUGCAUUCUGGCACCAUGGGAUCACUGUUUGUGACCAUCCCAACUGGCGUCUAACAAGUAAAGUCAAUAGGGGAAACCAGAUUCACUUAAUGACUGCAUGAUUCAGUUAACAAUUGUAGUGAUUUGCUUAACAAAUAUUACAGAAAAAUAGUAAAAUUGGGCACGAUUCACUUAAGAACUGCCUUAGCAACAAAAAUUCUGGUCCCAAUUGUGAUAAUAAGUCGAGGAUACCUGUAGAUAUACAUAUGUAUACAAAUGCACAAACACUGUAAUUUUCAAAUCUCUGUUAUUGAAAAUAUGCUAAACUAUAUUAUUUGAAAACUUUCUGCAGUUCAUGUCAUAUAAAAAAGAUAAUUAUUCAUAUCUUUGGCAAUGUUACAAAACAGUUUGCUUGAUUCUUUUAAAUGCCAUUAUGUUGUGAAUCGGGAUUAAAUUUAUGUUGAAUGGGGUUCAGUAUUCACUUCAGACUCAAUUAACUUCUACCUUUUGCCUUCCAUUCAUCACUUCAACUUGUAUAUUCAAGUGUCUUUAUAUAAAAAGUGUCUGUUUAUUGUAUAUUCAACGUUUACUAAUUUAUGGGAUGCAAGCAGUUAGGACUUCUUCCAGACACACUCCUUCUAAAGAUGUAGGAUUGACUGAGGUGUACCUCCACAGCUCCUAUUCAUGUAUGAAUUUAUUUUUCUUGCAUAGUCCCAUAGUUGAGUUAAUUCUAAUGUGCAAUAUUUCCUUUUCUUAUGAAUUUUUUUUACAAAACAAGUAGCUGCAUUACAUUCUAUAGCCCAUAUGGAUAUUCAUAUGUUCUUUUUAUAUUAAGUUAUAUAUGUUGGGUGAAAGGUAAUCUAUAGAAGACCAAGACCUACCUACCUUACAGUACUUAUCUGAAAAUCAGUAACCAUUACAUUUGCUUUGAAAUUUUCCUGGAAAUAACAAUAGUGGAGUUAUGAUGGCAGGGUGUGUGUGUGUGUGUGUGUGUGUGUGGUGUUGUCCUUUGCCCAUUAUUGCAUCUAGUUUUUUUUCAAAGUGGGAGUGGGAGAAGCAUAAGAUUCAGUGUAUCUAACAGAUGUCAAAAAUCUACAGGUUGAGGAAGAUAUUGUGUAGGAAAUAGGUGUGAUUCAAGUUUCUUUCCUUACUUCUGCAUGAAGUGGCUUCAGUUAUAACCAGAGCCCAUUAAGAUAAGCAAAAGCGUAGCUCAAUCCUAUACCUAUUUAUUUUAAAUUAAGUACUGUGAAAUAUAUUCAAGAUUUACUCCUGUAUUUUCAAGUGAGUGGACCUUGUAACCAUUGACUUCCCAGAUAGAUUCAUGUUGCACUAAAUGGUUUGCUUUAAUCACUUGAAAGUAUCUCUACCCCAGCAUCCCUUUCACAACACUACAGUUUCAAAAUGGUUGUACUUUGGUUUUGAUAUUUUAAAGGGAAAAAUUGUGCCUUACAAGACCUAGGACACCCAUUUCACUUGUAGCCUCUCAGGAAUGUGCUGAAAAAUUUGUUCCACCCUCUAAUUUGAUAUUAUAUUAUUGGCAUCUUUGUGUAGCUAUGGAAGCCAUGUUUUUUUUAAUGUAAUUCUUGGUCAGAAGAAAAGUAUACAACGAUGUUCCAAACAAAGCAUGACAAGAAGAUAUACAUCAGAAUUAGACCUAACUAUGGUGGAAAUCCAAGCUGCAUUGCACCCUUCUAAAACAUGAGAAAAAUCAACUGAAAUUUUAGAUAUACUACUAUAUUAUUCUAUUCCAUUUUCUUGAAUACAUUUUAAUAUUCUAAAUCAUAAUGGUUGGAUAUAAAUUUCAAACUGUUUAGGAUUAGGUGUAUAAUUCAUUUGAAAGUUUGCAAACAAAUUCAUUUUGGUUUGCAAAAAUUAGUUUGGAAGAUCUUGCUCUGAGAGGUAGAAUUACAAAAACUAUUUAGUGCACUAUUUCACUAAACCUCAGCUUUAAUUAUCUAAUUCUAAUUGUUAUUAUGUCCCACUGAACUCUGUAGGGGUUUACUCUUUUAAUAAAUUUCCUAUUAGUUUAGAGUGGUAAUUAACAAGAAAUUUUCAGGCCAAUGGCUGAAACUGAGUCCUAAAUCAUUUAUUUGGUAUUGUAUUGUAGUAUUUGUGAAAAACAUUCCUUAUUGAGUAUCAUAUUUUUCCAGAUUAAAAAGUAAUGUUCAAAUUAAAAUAUUUAUAACUUGACAGAUUAACUAACAACCACUGUUACUUCUAUCAAGAAACUGUUGCAGAAUUUAAUUAAUAUUAAUUUGUAUAGAAAUGACCAUGGGCAAUACUUAUAAUUGUUCUCUGUGUGUUCCAAAUAAAA